GUUAGUACGAAUUAUGUUUUUGUUUUAACGAGUUGAAGGCGAACGUACAGGGGGUCUUCAGUUAAAAUCAACUACCGGAUCUUACGAUAUUUGUUGUCAACUGAAACCAUGACUCAAGAAGAAAACGCAUCUAAAAAUCAAACCCUCUCGGGCGAUGAGAAAUUGGAUAAAAAGAUAAACGAUUGGCUUGAAUGGGAUCAAAAUCCGAAGACAAAGAGCGAAAUAAAUGAAUUAGUGGUAAAAAAAGACUGGGCGACCCUUAAAUUGCGGCUUUGUAAACGGAUAUGUUUUGGCACUGCCGGCUUGCGUGCUGAAAUGCGAGCGGGCUUCGAUUCGAUGAACGAUUUGGUUGUCAUUCAAACUGCCCAGGGCAUUUGCGAAUAUUUGAAGAAGUCGUAUCCUGAUAAGAAUUCUUGGAGCGAACGUGGCAUUGUUUUUGGCUACGAUGCCAGGCAUAAUAGUAAGCGUUUUGCUGAGCUCUCAGCGUUGGUUUUCUAUCGGAAUGGCUUUCUUGUUCAUCUUUACAACACUUUUGUGGCCACGCCCAUUGUGCCCUUUUGCAUUAAGGAACUGAAAUGUUUAGCGGGCGUGCAGGUGACAGCCUCGCAUAAUCGCAAGGAAGAUAAUGGCUACAAGGUCUAUUGGAGCAAUGGAGCACAAAUAAUUUCACCACAUGAUUUGGGCAUACAAGAGCAUAUCGAAAAGAACUUGAAGCCGCAGGAAAACUAUUGGUUAAUAGAUGAGGAGACUUUGAAGCCGAUGCUGCGUGAUCCCUAUGAACCUGCCUACUUUGAAGCGUUGAAAAAUCAAAUACCCAAAUCUUUUAUCUCAGACAAUGGCAAAUGUCUUAUAAAUUUUGUAUACACAGCCAUGCAUGGGGUUGGCAAGGCUUUUGUUGAGAAGGCCUUCAAGCAGGUGAAUAUGAAACCUUUCAUACCUGUGAAGGACCAAGUUGAGCCCGAUCCAGACUUCCCAACAACACCCAUGCCCAAUCCAGAGGAAGGCAAAGAAUCUCUUGAUCUAGCCCUUAAGACGGCAACAGAAAGCAAGUGCGAAAUCAUUUUGGCCAAUGAUCCGGAUGCAGAUCGUCUGGCUGUUGCUGAAAUUGGCGAGAACGGCAAGUAUAAGCUCUUCAGUGGCAAUGAGAUGGGCGCCCUGCUGGGCUGGUGGGUGUUGCUAAUACUUCGUACAGCUGAUCCAGAUGCAGACAUUAAGAAUUGUGUGAUGAUUGCCAGCACCGUGAGCUCGAAGAUCUUGAAAUCGAUGGCGGCCAUUGAAGGCUUCAUAUUCCAUGAGACAUUGACGGGCUUCAAGUGGAUGGCCAACAAGGCCAUCGAAGAGGAAUCGGCCGGCAAAAAAGUUCUCUUUGCCUUCGAGGAGGCUAUUGGGUUUAUGAUCUCCACUGUGGUGCCGGACAAGGAUGGUGUCAGUGCAGCCGCCCAUGUGGCCACCAUGGCACGUUAUCUGUACGAGAAUAAAUUGACACUGCAGAAGCAAUUGGAGAAGAUCUAUGAUAAAUAUGGCUACCAUACAAGCAUUUGCUCCUAUGUCAGCUGUUCCGAUCAGAAGCUCAUCCAGCAGAUCUUCAAUCGUUUGCGCACCUUCGACAACGGCCAGGUGAAUACCUAUCCAAAGAGCAUUCUCAACGGCGACUUUGAGAUCGAGCAUGUGAGGGACUUGACCACGGGCUACGAUAACAGCAAAGCUGAUCUAAAAGCCACUCUGCCAGUUAGCUCGAACUCCCAGAUGAUAACCUUUACGUUCAAGAAUGGCGUAGUCGUCACCCUACGCACCAGCGGUACAGAACCUAAGAUGAAAUACUAUGCCGAGAUAUGUGGCAAACCAGAAGAUAAGAACUGGGCUCAGCUCUCAGCGACCCUCGAGCGCAUGGUCGAGGCAAUUGUCAAUGAGUUCUAUGAACCAGAGAAACAUAAGCUGCAGCGCAAGUCAGCUUGAAUGAGUAUAUAUAUAGAAUAUGCCGAAUUUAUAGCGAGCCAUUCAUUAGUAUAUACUAUAUUUGCCCAGUUGAACUCGUCAUUAACCAAAUACGCACACCUAUCUAUGUUAUAAAAUUAGUC